AUUUUUCUUUACUUGCAUUCGUGCCAUACAGUAGAUUCAUAUUUAAUACAGAUUUGUCAGAUAACCUGAAUUCCCUGCUGUUGCAUGUCUUCUGUUAUUUUGUAUUUCCAUUGACAUAAACUUCUUCUUUAGAAUUAUCGAAAGCAGGGGGAGAUAGUUCAAAAAAGUACCAACCUUGUCCAGUUUUCUAACAUUUUCAUAUUUGCUUAGGACAAGCCAAAAGAGAAAGACCCAUCUCUCCAAACCUUGAGAUCUUGCUCUCUCGCAUGAAUCCCCAAGAAGAAAGAAGCUUUUGAUUUGAUAUAUCAAUCUUUAAUACUGUAUUAUUAACCGGCAGCAUGAGAAACAUCAUAUCUUGUUUCAAUGAAACCGCAGUACAUGUUUCUCAUCCUUCAUGUUCUAGCUAUUCAACCAAUGCUUGUAUCACUCCAAGCCUUGUCCCUUCAGUCCAGAACGCAGUCGCCGCCACUUACAAAGUCAUUCUAUCAGCCCAGAAUAAGCAGUACUUGAUCAAAGUCAGUUGGUGCAAGAAUCAAACGGGUCAAGGCCUAAGCAUCAACUUCAACCACGACCCUUGGCCCUGUUUCAAGCUCAACACCAAUUUGAGGAUUUUCAGGAAAAUGAAAGGCAGCAAAACGAUCGAAUCCGACCAGUCAAAUAUAGAAAUCUUUUGGGAUCUUUCAGCCGCUAAGUAUAAUGCAGGACCUGAACCGGUUAAUGGGUUCUAUGUCAUAGUCACGGUUGAUUCAGAGAUAGGCCUCAUUUUAGGUGAUACGGCCGAAGAAGAAAUCAACAAGAGGUUCACAAGCACAAUCCCAGUAGCAAAAUCCUCCCUCGUUUCUCGACUAGAACAUUGUUCGGGCAAUACCCUUUAUUUCACCAAGGCUCAGUUUUGUGAUACAGGCAUUUCACAUGAUAUUUUGAUAAGAUGUAGCGGAGAACACGGAGACCUAAAGCAUCCGGUCCUGUCGGUUUGUAUCGAUAACAAGACGGUGAUUCGGGUCAAGAGACUGCAAUGGAAUUUUAGAGGAAACCAGACGAUAUUUGUUGAUGGAUUGCUGGUUGAUCUGAUGUGGGAUGUGCAUGACUGGUUCUUCAAUCCUGCCGCCGGUUCAGCCGUUUUCAUGUUUAGGACAAGAAGUGGAUUGGAUAGCCGGCUUUGGUUGGAGGAGAAGUGGGUGCACAAAGAUGAAGAUAAAGUUGAAUUCUCGUUGUUGAUUUAUGCCUGUAAGAACACAUAA